AUGGCACCUUCUAAUGGCAACAUCUACGGCGGUAGUUCUUAUGGGGACGUCGUUACGUAUUACUGUGACGCUGGAUACGAGAUCAGCGGCGAUGAAGAACGAACUUGCCAGUCGGACCAGACCUGGAGCGGCACUCAUCCUACAUGCGCCCAUGCAAAAUUAACAAAUUUGUACGAACCACCACCUUCACUUCCCCCGCCUGUGCCGGCUCGGCCACAGUUCCUAGAGUACGAGGUAAACCCGGAUGAUCUGCUACUGAAUGAACAGAUCGGCAGAGGGGCCUUCGGCAUCGCCUUCCUUGCGACUUUAAAGAGAGCUGUUGAUGGUCUUCUCACGGAACAAACAGUGGUGGCCAAAACUGUCCGUGAGAACGCGAGAGAAGAGGAGAUACAGAAUUUUAUACAAGAGGUCGACACCACCAUCACCCUGAGGGGCCACAUCAACCUGCUCGGUCUUGUGGGCUGUUGCACACUGUCCCACCCUCCCUACCUGGUGACGGAGUACAUGCCGUAUGGAGACCUCAAGAACUUCUUACUCAAGUGCAGGAAGAGGCUCCAAGACAGCAUGUAUGACUUCGACGACAUGAAGAUCUACCAGGUAGCACGGCAGGUAGCAAACGGAAUGACCUACAUUUUCCAGGCUGGUUACGUGCACGGUGAUCUGGCCGCCCGGAACGUGCUGGUAGGAGAGGACCUGGUGGUGAAGAUCGCAGACUUCGGCCUGACAACAGACAUCUACGAGCGAGGCUACCAGCGUCAGGAUCCGGAGCAGAAGAUCCCCCUGAGGUGGAUGGCGCCGGAAAGGCUAAUGCGAGAGGGCCGGUACACAAGCAAGAGUGACGUUUGGUCCUUCGGUGUGGUCCUGUACGAGAUCGCUACGCUCGGGAACGUGCCCUAUCCGGGUCGGGAACGCACGCUCCUGGAGGAACUCCGCACAGGGUACCGCGAACCACGCCCGCCUGGCCUUAAACAAGAACUGUACGACAUGAUGCUGCGGUGCUGGCAAUGGGAGGAAGAUGAUCGCCCGGAGUUUGAGGAGCUUUACGAUGAGCUGGACGCUGUGGUAGAAUUGAUGGCCAAGGAUUACGUAAAACCCAGUUCCGGCUCCCCGGUGGGGGGUCAGAAUGAAGCAGCAGAAGCUCUUGAAACCUCGUACGACGUCCCAAAGUCGGGCCCGAUGGGGAUGCAACUCCGCGUCACUGCAGACGUCUACAACAGCGAAGAUCGUGAUGAAGUCGACUCACUCGCGUCCACAAAUGCAGAAGCCAGUUCCGCGCCAAUAGAGAACGAUGUCGACACUGACAAUGAUAUCCAUACAGCAGUUGAGAAGUGCAAGGCCACACAGCAAGACACCCUCUCGGAAAGUGAAGACCACGACCAAUUACAAGUGGAAUCCUCCAGCCCACCGGGUGCAGUAAUUAUGGAUACCAACGACAGUUCCACCGACUCCGAGCUGCCAGAUCCAGCGAAUGUGCAGAAAAGUGAAACCCCGGCUACAAGUGAGGACAUCUCCGGUGAUGCUGAAGAAGAAAUGCCUCCAACAACAGAAGAAAGUGCAGACAUUGACUACGCAGGCGCCCAUGACGGCCACGGGAUCACCGACGCAACAGCUCUGUACAUCGCUUCCUUCGUGGGACAUGCCGACGUAGUGAGGCUGCUGAUCCGCAAGGGGGCGUCUUUAACGAAGAGAUCCAUUGGGAAAUCUAACUCUCCCCUUCUUAUAGCAGCGGCCAAAGCGGCGGGUGCGGCAACGGUGACGACCGCUCAGGUGGCCGUGCCGGGUGGGUCCAACCCCAAGGGUGCCAAGACAAGCACCGUGACGGCGACUACAGGGGGCGGAAAAGGGAAACACACCAUGCCGAAAGCUUCGGGGCCAGUGACCGCUACCAGCUCGGCCACGACUACUGCGGUCCCAGGGACCAGCUCAGCGUCCGCCUCGGAGGUCCCCGCUCAGGGCGCGGAAACGCCGCAGGAGAGUCGAGACGAGUUGGUUAGCCAGGCAGGAAUAAGACUAAGAUCAGGAAAGAAGUGGGCAGCAGCAGAAGCAGUCGCCAGCGCAACAAGUAGACUUAAGCACAGAGACAUCGUGGGAGUAGUAGCUCAAGGCAGGAGAGGGUUUGGAGCAGGAAGGGAAGGAACCCAGAGAUGGGCUGCAAACCUGAAGAGGUGGAGGAAGAAAGAUGAAGACAAGUGUGAGCUCUGUGGCAAGACAGGGAACCUUAGCCACGUCCUAACAAGCUGUCCGGUUGCACUAGGCAAGGGGCGGUACACCUGGCGCCACAACCAAGUCCUGAAAGUGAUAGCCAGUGCAGUAGAAGAACAGAUAACGGAGAAUAAGGUCAAGGGAAAGCAGAGGAAGGGAUUGCAGUUCAUCAGCUUUGUAAAGGAGGGAUGGAGAGGAAAGAGUAAAGAGAAGAAGGAAAGAGAGCAGAUAGGAAUCAUAGCAUAA